AUGUACAAUAUCAUCAAACUGAUCCAGACGAGACCGUACCAUCCACUGAACAUCAAAUACGAAACUGGAGAAGAACUGUUCCCAGGAGCAUGCGACAUUAGAGGAGUUGAUAGAGUUGUUGUCCUCGUCAACGCGAGUAUGGCAGACUCUUUCGGCCAACUUACUAUCCGAAUUGGACCUCUGAUGAUGACAAGAUGUGGCUCAAUAUCAGCUUUGAUUAUCUUCUCUGCUUAA